AAACAAAUAAAAGGAAAAAAAGAAAAGGGAUAAAAAUACAAAAGCAGAAAAGACGACAGGAGAAGUUCAGGAUGCGAGGAUUCAGCUCAGCAGCGCCGUCUGUGCUGCUGUUGGUGUUGCUCCAAGUGGUCAGCUGGCAGCUGGGAGAGGCGGACUUUGAGCGGGAUGAUUGCACAGACCUCAACAUGUCGUCCUGUGAAUGCGCCGUGUUGGUCUCUGAAUACGACAUCAGUUGUCCCGGCAAGAGUUUCAAUCCCAAAUUCAAGAUAACCAUUCGACCCGGUUCGACAGUGCAAAUCGAAUGCAACGUGACGAAUUCAUCGGAAUACAAACAGAUGCCACAGUUGAAUAUUGGCAGCAUUAAGACGGUACAGAUCCGACGUUGUCCUCUGCCCCUGCAUACACCAAUUGCGGGUAUUAUGGAUCAUUUGGGUAUUGUGAAUGCCAAGGUUUUGAUCUUUGAGGGCAACGAUCUGGGCAUGAAUGUGACUAAAACACAUUUGGAACGUUUGCAGAACUUGCAACGUCUGCGAUUUGCUGCCCGUCAAUUGUUUUACAUUCCCGAGGAUUUGCUAGAGAAUAUGCAUCACUUGAACUGGCUGGACAUGCGUGCCGCCAAUUUGGUGGAGUUGCCUGCAAAGUUGUUUGCCGACAUGGGCAACUUGGAGUUCCUCGAACUGGGCAGCAACAAUUUGAAGCAGCUGCCGCGUGGCAUCUUCCAUGAUCUACAUAGACUAAUGCAUUUGAAUCUGUGGAGCAAUCAGUUGCACAAUCUCAGCAAGCAUGAUUUCGAGGGUGCCUCCUCCGUCAAGGAUAUUGAUCUGCAUAAUAAUGGCAUUAUCCAGCUGCGACAUGACGUCUUUGCCCUGCUCACCAACAUGACGGAGAUCAAUUUGAAUGGCAACAGCUUUCGGUCUCUGCCCGAGGGUCUUUUCCAACACAAUCUGAAGUUGCAACAGGUGAAGUUGCAGAACAAUCGUGGAGAGUUGCCAAUACUGCCAUCAGGUCUCUUUGCCAAUCUGCCAGAGUUACGUAAUCUCUAUCUGCGCUGUGAUCUGCAAACAAUUCCCGCCGAUCUCAUUGAGAAUUCAAAGGCACUCGUAAGCAUUGCACUCGACGAAAAUAAACUGGACACACUGCCUCUUCAUUUAUUGGAUCAUCAAGUGAAUCUUGUGAAUCUAGAUUUACAUAAGAAUCGUUUAACUCAUCUGCCCGAGGAAAUCUUUAUUCACCUGACAAAGUUGGAGAACUUGAAUCUGGCUGAUAAUAAGCUAACUGAAAUUUCCACCAAACUUUUUAGCAAACUGAGCAAUCUGAAAAAUCUGCAGAUCAACGACAAUCAGUUGAUACACAUACGAAGCAAGGCAUUUAUUGGGAAUCCUUCGUUGCGUCAGCUGAACCUGGCUAACAAUCGCAUCGAUCUGCAGGAAUAUAUGACGAACAGCGAGGCAGUUAGAGAUAUUGGAUCUCCAUUUAGCCCUUUAAAGAAUCUGACCAAACUAAACUUGAGAAACAAUUCAUUGAUGCUCGUCUUCAGCGAUUGGAAGUAUGCGAUGCCUGAGCUCCAGGAGAUCGAUUUGAGUUACAACAACUUGGCUUGGUUGGACUAUCCCGAUUUGGACUUUGUGUCCAAGUUUGAUCUAACCGUCAAUGUGACGCACAAUCAAAUUAGCACUGUACGCUUCUACAAGCAGGCGGAAUUCCCGCAGCUGGAGAAUGAAUCGCGUCUUGUGCAUGGCGUGAAAACAGUUCGCUUGGAACUCAAUGAUAAUCCUCUAAAUUGUGACUGUACCAUGUUGCGCUUCCUUCAGUUUGUACGAGGAUCUGACAGGUUUGAUUAUGCCAGGCAUUUGAUAAUAGACACAAAUCGAUUGACUUGCCAAGCACCCAAAUUUCUGGAGCAUCGUGCAAUCAGCACGGUAGAACCAAAAGAUUUGCUCUGUAAAUUCGACACCGCUGAGGAUCCGAAAGAGAGACGUUGUCCGCCCAAAUGUGAAUGCUUUGUGCGAACCUUUGACUUGACGCUGAUCAUCAAUUGCUCCAAUAGUGAUUUUACAAAGAUACCCAAAUUGCCACGUCUCACAUCGAAUCUUGAAAAGUUGGAGCUUUACAUGGAGAAUAAUACGCUGCUUAAGCUGCCGGAUAACCAGGCACCUGGAUAUGAGAGUGUGACAAGUCUUUAUCUGGCUGGUAAUAACUUGACCCACGUGAAGAUCUCUCAGUUGCCCAGAAAUGUCACGUAUGUGGAUAUGCAACGUAAUCAGCUGAUGCAUCUCAAUGCCAGCAUCUUUAGUUAUUUCAAUAGCAGCAAGCUGCAGUUGCGUCUCUCACAGAAUCCUUGGAUCUGUGACUGCGAUGCCACGGAACUGUUGUAUUUUACGCAGUCGAGAAAGAAUCGAGUGCUGGAUGCAGAAGAUAUUUAUUGCAGUGAUGCUGAGAUGCCCACACGUUUGAUAGAUCUCAGCAAAUCUGAUCUAUGUCCGCAGCCAGCGAGUCUGCUCAUUGCCAUGAUUGUGAUCAUCUCGUUAACUGGUUUUCUUGUUGGCAUCACUGCGGCCGUCUACUACAAGUAUCAGGAUGAGAUUAAGAUCUGGCUCUUUUCGCGCAACUUGUGCAUGUGGUGGGUCAACCAGGAGGAGAUCGACAAGGAUCGCAAAUUCGAUGCAUUCAUUUCGUAUUCUCAAAAGGAUCAGAGCUUCAUUGAAAAACACCUGGUGCCGAAACUGGAGCAUGGCAACAAGAAAUUUAAGCUCUGCCUGCAUGGAAGAGAUUGGCUAGUGGGUGGCUUUAUACCCGAGAACAUUAUACGAUCCGUUGCGGACUCAAGGCGAACCAUCAUUGUGCUCAGCUCGAACUUUAUUGAAUCAGACUGGGCACGCAUGGAAUUCCGGGCAGCGCAUCGAGCGGCAUUAAAUGAUGGCGUCUCACGUGUCAUUGUCAUCAUCUACUCGGACAUUGGUGACCACAAGAUGCUGGACGAUGAGCUGAAGGCUUACCUAAAUAUGAACACCUACAUCGAAUGGGGUGAUCCAUGGUUCUGGGACAGAUUAAUCUAUGCCAUGCCGCAUCGUGGUCCCAACCGAAGCUCGAGAAAUUUGAUUAAAAGGUUGCUGAAACGCUAUCCAGAUGACAAGCUGGAAUUAAUUAAGCCAUCGCCAGUGUCACCCACAUUGACCACACCGCCCGCUGAAACCACCAAGAAUCCUUUGGUGGCCAAAUUGAAUGGCAGCACACCACACACGGCCAUCAUGGUUGGCAAUGGCACCAAUGGCCUAUCGAAUCUAUAUGCGCCCAAUGGCAAGGCCCAUCAUCAUCAUGGCAAUGGACACAUCAACGGCGCCUUUAUCAUCAACACAAAUGCCAAGCAAAGUGACGUAUAGAACUGGCAUAAAUUGGAGCUGGAGCCCGACGAGGAGCUCUUGUUUCAUUGAGCAGGCAUCUAACCCACUCACUUCACCAACGCUAUGACCAAUUCCAAUUCCAGCUGAAUGUAUAAAGCUUAGACAAAAUUUUUGUAUCAAAAAAAACUCAAAUUGCACUCAUAUUCAUUUCAAUGCAAACGUAUGAAUUUAUUUAUGUGUGUGCGUGUGUGUGUGUGUGUGUGUGUGUGUGUGUGAAUCUGAUCGUCUAGCUGCAUUCUUUAGAAUAGUUUUAACUAGAAAUGCAUACGGCAAUUUUUCCAUGCACUUAAUUGGUGAAAAUUUCUCAAUUUUCAAUAUUUCAUGUGGCCUUUGUUGACAUAAAAAAAAAAUUAAAAUCGAAAUCGAAAAACAUAUUAAAUUUGAACAGAAAGAAAGCAACAAUUGUAAGAAUUUAAGCUAUUUAAGAGCUUAUCAUUCUGUUUAGUGUUAUUUACUUAUAGUGUAUUUAAGAUAACUUUAAGCCUCGUAAUUAUUUGUACAUUUAUUAUACCUAUUAUCCAUAUGGUAAUUGUAAUUAUUUUAUAUUUAGAUCAUCGCACGCGAAGCUUAAAGAAAUAUCACAAAUGAAUAACUUUUAUAUUUGACGAGAAAUAUUAUUUGAUUUUUGCACGAAUCUCAAGUUUUACUUAACAUUUGAACAAAUUGAGCUUUAUUUUGUACAAUCUAUUAUCGUUAUAAGCUAAUGAGUAAUGCACAUGCAAUAUACAUACAUAUGACGUAUCCAAAUAGUAGCAUAUAAACUGUGCCGUGUACUGAAUGUAAUUAAAAAGUAAAAAAUAAAAACAUACCGACAUUUUA